AUGCCCUGUAUCAACGGCUGCUCCAACACAGACGGUCUACCGGAUGGACGUCAAUGUUCUACAUGUGGUCUCAAGGCGUACCUUGCUACGUUCGGAGACUCGAAAGGUCUGGCAGCUUUGCUGCACUGUCUCGUGAUCUGUGCUUCGUGCGCCAGAUCCAUGAAGAUCAUUGGUAGCUUCUGCCCUGGUGCAUCCGCUAUGACAUCUAUGACAUGCAGUUGUGGCGAAAAUGGUCAGCUCUGCUUCUUCUAUUCUAGUGUGCGCCGUGUGCUUACCCAUGCAACUUUAGACUGGAUCGCCCUCGACGUGUCGUCCAUUCUUUCCUCCGUCAACACCAAAUCGAAAUCGUCUUCCUCCUCCACAAUUUCGUCUUCGGCCCCAGCAGCUAGCCAUGAUGACCGCUCUGUUCCUCCUCCUCCUCCUCACGACCUAGCCAGCCUUUACAACAAAUACUACAAGAAGAAGAUUGAGGAGAGAUCGUCAGCCGAGACAAAGACAAAGGGGACAGAUGAGUUGCCAGCUGCGCAUCCGACCUCUUCGAUGGCGCAGCCGCGCAAGCGCGCAAGACAGUAG